AUGGACGACUUUACAGAGCGAAGGCGGCCGUACCCGCUGCCGUGUGUCGGCGCCUGCACCGGCGCGUCCGUGCAUUACCGCUGCAUCAUGGCCUGGCUUGGCCAGUCGGGCAGCUGCCCGCUCUGCCGUGGGCCAUGCGACCCGCUCGCGAUGGAGCCGACGCAGACGCUCGACUUUACAGAUCUGAAAGCGACCGUGCUGCGCCCGGUGCCGUUGGACGCGGGCAUCGUCCGCUGCUACGUCAAGCAGGUCUACAAGGGCCUCUUCAAGCAGUACGGCUACGAGCUCUAUCUCCAAGGUCGCAUUGGCACGGACGAGCCGGACCGGUUCCUCCUCGCCGCCAAGAAGCAGCUGCGCAAAAACAUGACGGCCAACUACUCGAUCUACACGACGACCGCGUGCGAUGACGCGUCGCGCGUCGGCCGCAUGGGCUCGAACUUUCUCGGCACGGUCUUCACCUUGUACGACAAUGGCCGGGACCCACAAAAGGUGGCGAAAAUCCAGGAUGCGACCAACGGCCAAGACGCGCUCGGGCCCGGUGACAAUGUCCUCCAGAUCCGCGAAGAGCUCGGCUGCUGCACGUACGAAGCCAACCGCACGAGCGUGGGGCCGCGCAAGAUGCGGGUGUGCAUCCCCGACGUCGACGAAGCGGGGCGGUCGAGCAAGGUCGUCCGACCAACCAACCAAAAAGAUCGCAUUGUGAGCCGCAUGGGCGUCGGCGAGCUCACGGACUUGAUCAAAUUCAUCAACCGCGAACCUGUCUUUCGGGAAGACCUCGGCGCGUACUGCCUCGACUUUGGCGGCCGCGUCUCGAUGGCGUCGGUCAAGAACUUUCAGCUGAUCUCGGCCGACGACCCGGCGAUGGGCAACGUCCUCCAGUUUGGCCGCGUCGCCGACGACAUGUUUACAAUGGACUUCCAGUGGCCGCUCUCGCCCUUCCAAGCGUUUGCGAUCUGCUUGAGCAGUUGCGACACCAAGCUCGCGUGCGUUUAA